GCUGUCAGGAGGUCGCCAUAUUUCUGUACGGCCCUGAGGCAAGCCUGGCAGUCUUUGAGUCUGGAGAGGUGUUGAUAGGGCGGGGCCGCCGCUCCGCUCAGCUGGUCUCACCCCUCCCGCGGGGGACAGGUGGCUGGAGUGCGCCCCGCCUCCGCCAGCUGCUGGGGAAACGAGGGAGGGCCAGUCCGGGACGGCCGCCUCCAGCUGCGAGAGGGAGAGGGAGUGAGAGAGGGCCGGUCCGAGACUGCCGGGCGAGGAGUCCGGCAGCAGCAAACGAGUACCGUGGCCGCCAAAAUAAUGCUCUUGUACCGAGGGGCCCCCGGGGGCCCUAGCGCGUCUGGCGGCGGGCUGACUCGGGCGGGCGGUGGCCCGCAGGCCUUUGGAAUCCGCCUGAGCACGAUGAGCCCCCGCUACCUACAGAGCAACUCCAGCAGCCACACGCGACCCUUCAGUGCCAUCGCGGAGCUGCUAGAUAAUGCUGUAGAUCCAGAUGUAUCAGCCAGGACGGUCUUCAUAGAUGUUGAGGAGGUCAAGAAUAAAUCUUGUUUGACCUUUACUGAUGAUGGAUGUGGGAUGACACCUCACAAACUUCACCGAAUGCUCAGCUUUGGCUUUACAGAUAAAGUAAUAAAGAAGAGCCAGUGUCCCAUCGGGGUCUUUGGUAAUGGUUUCAAGUCAGGCUCCAUGCGGCUAGGAAAGGAUGCUCUUGUCUUCACCAAGAAUGGGGGUACUCUCACUGUUGGACUCCUAUCACAGACUUAUCUGGAAUGUGUCCAGGCCCAGGCAGUUAUUGUACCAAUUGUUCCAUUCAACCAGCAAAACAAAAAAAUGAUUAUUACUGAGGAUUCCUUGCCCAGUCUAGAAGCCAUCUUGAACUAUUCAAUUUUCAACAGUGAAAACGACCUGCUAUCCCAGUUUGAUGCCAUCCCAGGCAAAAAAGGCACUCGUGUUCUCAUUUGGAACAUCCGAAGAAACAAAGAUGGAAAGUCUGAGUUAGACUUUGAUACAGAUCAAUAUGAUAUCCUGAUAUCAGACAUUGAUGCAGAAGAAAAAGAGACUGAUGGCAUUGCCUCUGAGCUGCCAGAAACAGAGUAUUCCUUACGGGCAUUUUGUAGUAUUCUAUAUAUGAAGCCACGGAUGAAAAUUUUUCUGCGUCAAAAGAAGGUGACUACCCAGAUGAUUGCCAAGACCUUGUCCAAUGUAGGAUAUGAUAUAUAUAAGCCUACCUUUACAAAUAAGCAAGUGAGAAUCACUUUUGGAUUCUCUUGCAAGAAAAGUAACCACUUUGGAGUAAUGAUGUAUCAUAACAACCGGCUCAUAAAGUCUUUUGAGAAGGUGGGAUGCCAGGUAAAGCCAACUCAUGGAGAAGGAAUGGGAGUAAUUGGAGUCAUUGAGUGCAAUUUCCUAAAACCUGCCUAUAACAAACAAGAUUUUGAGUACACCAAGGAGUACCGAGUGACAAUAAAUGCCCUUGCUCAGAAGCUCAAUGCUUAUUGGAAAGAAAAGACAUCUCAAGAGAAUUUUGAAACUUCAGCUGUAACCAGGAAGAUUCCUGAUCAGACAUGGGUACAGUGUGAUGAGUGUCUUAAAUGGAGAAAGCUUCCUGACCAAGUGGACCCAUCUGCAUUACCUGCAAGAUGGUUUUGUUACUAUAAUUCCCAUCCAAAAUACAGGAGAUGCUCUGUUCCAGAGGAACAAGAACUCAUUGAUGAAGAUCUAUACUUAACCAAAGCUAAAAAACAAGAUCAAACUGUUGAGAAGAAGAUGCCUAUGGAAAAUGAGACCUACCAGGUACUCAGUAAUCUACCAAAGAUUCCUACUGUUCAAGAUAUGGCUGGACUGAAUGACAAGACAAUUGGAUAUGAGGGAAUGAAUGCCCCUAGCCUGCUUCCAUGUGUUGGAGAAGAAAGCCAGUCACCUUCUCUUCAACUUAAGCCUCUGGAUUCCAGUGUUUUUCAGUUUUCCAGGUGGAUCUUUUCAGCCUCUCAUCUAGAUAAACAUCUGCACAGUAAGUACAAACGGAUCCUUGGUGAAGAACCUGUGGAAAAACGAAAAAGGCUCCAGAAUGAGAUGACUGCAUCUCCUAUAGAUUAUUCCAUGCAUGGCUCUUACAGGAGGGUAGAGGCAGUUGUUGCCUACCCAGAAAGGGAGAAUAGCUAUGAUAAAUCCAGUUCUGAGAGAAGUACACCGCCAUAUCUUUUCCCAGAAUACCCAGAAGCAAGCAAGAAUACAGGACACAAUAGGGAAGUUUCAGUUCUAUGUCCAGGGGCCCAAGACCAAUGCCAGGGGUCCCUGCUUCCAGAAGAAUUAGAAGAUCAGAUGCCAAGAUUGGUAGCAGAAGAAUCUAACAGAAGUAGCACAUGCAUAAACAAAGAAGAUGUGAACAAGGGACCAUUUGUAGCUGUUGUUGGUGUUGCAAAAGAUGUUACAGAUUCAGGAGCUCCCAUUCAGCUAAUCCCUUUUAACAGAGAGGAGCUUGCUGAGAGAAGAAAAGCAGUUGAAUCCUGGAACCCAGUGCCUUAUUCUUCUGUGGCCUCUGCCACAAUUUCUGCAGUAGCCAUUGGAGAGAAACGACGAGGCCGCAAGGAGACUAGAGGUCAUAAUACACCAAAGAUGAAUAACCAAAGCGAGCUCGAAGAAUUGAAGAGAACUACAGAAAAAUUGGAACGUGUUUUGGCUGAAAGGAAUUUGUUCCAGCAAAAGGUGGAGGAACUAGAACAGGAGAAGAAUCACUGGCAUUCUGAAUUCAAGAAGGUUCAACAUGAAUUGGUAACCUAUAGUACUCAAGAGACAGAGGGCUUGUACUGGAGCAGGAAACACAUGGGUUAUCGCCAAGCUGAAUUCCAGAUUCUGAAAGCUGAGCUAGAAAGAACCAAAGAGGAAAAGCAAGAGUUAAAAGAGAAACUGAAGGAGACACAGACACACCUGGAAGUGCUACAGAAGACUCAGGUCUCCUACCGGACCCCAGAGGGAGAUGACCUAGAAAGGGCUUUGGCAAAGCUUACCCGGCUACGUAUCUACGUCAGCUAUCUUCUGACUUCUGUCCUCCCUCACUUGGAACUUCGUGAGAUCGGGAUAAACUCUAAUGUGCCUAAUGUGGGAUGUGAAAAGCUACACUGGAGCAAGCUGGGUCUUCCAAAUUUGUCAUCGAAUACCAAGGGAAAACAAGAGGUCAGCACUGUCAGAUCCCGGUGGAAUCAUGCCAAAGUGUAUGCCUCCUCAGUGUUGAGCUUGGGAGACUCCUUAACAAUGUCUGGAUCACUAGAACACCAAGACUAAAAAGACAAGAAAAGAUGCUGCUGCUGAGAAUUCAGUGUCACUAUGUCUUCCUAAAGCCUAAUGGCACACUGGGAAAGGAGGCAUCUCAGAGAAGAGGCAAUGGAGAAGCUGACCAGGUGAGCUAGGCCUGGAUAUGGACCUACUGAACCUGGAGGGAAGGAGACUAACUGGCAAUGAUGUUUCCAAGCCUCCUGCCUCCGGCCCUCCUCUUUUUUGAAAGUUUUGUUUUUCUGAGCCUGGGCUGUCCAAAUGAAGAGCAAACAGGAGCUACAAGAGGCUCAGCCAAGACAUGUACCACAUGGGCCACAACCCUGACUCAAAUGGUGGGACAAGAGGCAGAGGGUGCAGGAGGAGAGCUGAUCUAGCAACAGACUGUUCUCAAGAGGAGGCUCCCCAUCCCAGCAACCUUUGAGGCCGAGUCCAAGACUCAGCACAUUUGGGACAUUUGGACUUGGAUAUGGAGGCCCCAGGCACCAUUUGCUAUUUUUGCUUUGGGGACAGGCUUGGCGUGGGGUGGGAGAGAGAAGACCUUUCCCUUUCCUCCUCUCUCUGAGCAGGCCCUGCUUUUGACCUUGCCACCAGUUGGCACCCUCACUGGGUGUUUGGGCUUCCUGCUGCCAACCCAAGGCUCUGGCUCAAGAGGCCUAGGCUACGGGAAAAGAGGAAGAUCUCCUUUCAGGAAAUGAGAGGAGAACUUGUUGCUCUGGUUUCAUCCCAGCCUUUGAGAUCCUCCUCCAUCAGUGUUGUGGCCUAAGCUCUCACUCUUCCUCGGUCAGUCCACUUUUCUCUUUGGCCUCCAGUGAGAGCAGUAUGGUGAAGAAAUUAAGAACACAGAAACUACCUGAGUUUGAAUCCCAGCUUUAGCACAUUAGCUCUGUGACCUUGGGCAGGUUCUUUCUAUUCUCAUCUGAAGAAUGAAGUGUUUAGUUGUGUCUAACUAAUGUAGGAAACUGUGUUUCCUAAGGUUGUUUGUGAGGUUUAAAUUAAUCCAUGCGAAGCACUUAGAACAAUGCCUGGCACAUAAAUGUUUAACAAAUGUUCUCUGCUCUUAUUAUCUGCCUCUGUGCCAAUUCUCGGUGCCAAGGUUACAUCUCCUUCUUUCUGAUUCCUUAAAUCCAGCUCAGCUCAAUCCCUUCCUUGUCUGUGAGUCUUCCUGGCAUGAUCUACUCUGCUGAUAUUGCUAACACUCCCCAGGGAGACCAGAAACACUGUGAGAGCAAAGGGCUAUGAUAUGAACAGCACCGACUAAAUGAAUCAUAGGAUAACAUCAGCUAAAUUGAUUUAGUACUAUCGAUUUUUUAUUUUUUUAUGGCACUGGGGAUUAAACUCAGGACCUUCUCACUGACCUACACCCCCAGACCUUGUUUUUUAUUUUUUAUUUUGAGAGUGAUUCUUCUGCCUCAGUCUCCAUCAGUGCUGGGAUUAUAGGCAUGCACCACCAUACCUGGCUUGACAAUUUUUUUAUUGUGACCUACAGUAAGAAAUAUAUUUUAUAGCAUGACCAAGUGCAUGUAUUUGCAUAUCUUUAUAUAUAGAUAUAUUCAUAUGAGUAAAACAAAAUUUUACAGAAUAAUAUCCAUGCUUAUAUUUGCUAUUCAUGUUGUUCAGAGCUGGUUGCAGCCCACUAAAUCAGUUUUAAGCCCUGCCAUUGGUUGUGAUCUGAAAUUUGAAAAUCACUGCUUCAAGAAUGACCCUGAGUCUCCCCUUCUCUGUGAUAAAUUCUAUCUGGGGUGGAUUUAAGAUGCCCACAGGUCUAAAACCUUGAAAUGAUUAGAGGUGAAUGGCCUGUUUACAGAAUGGAGAUAGAGUCAAGGGGGGCUGCGGUGCAUGGUGUCUGUGUGUGGCGAAAGGGUUGCUGGGGAGAGAGAAGUCUGGGGAGGCAGAAGUCUAAAGAGACAGGGUGGGCUCAAAUGGCAAAGGGCUGCCACACAGAGGAGACUGGAUUUUUCCUGUGGGCAGCUGGGAAUCACUAGAUGAUUUCAAGCAGAGGAAGAUGACAUAGUACUCAGUUCUGUGCUUUAGAAAGAUCACUGGAGCACCUGUGCAGAGAAUGGAUGGAUAAUACUAAGUGAAAGACAAUCAAGACUCUGAUUUGGGCAUCCAGGUGAGAAAGGACAGAGGAGACCAUCAUUGAAGAAACAAGUGGGAGAGUGGCAAGCAUGGAGGAGACAGUUGUGAGGAAUGGUGAGAACUAAAAUAGGUAGAGCGUUUAGCUUGAGUGACGAGGUCAAUAUGGUGCUGGCUACUGAGGCAGAUGCAGAGGAGGUUUGUUGGGAGAAAAAUUGUUUGGCUUUCAAAUGAGUUUAAAAUGCCUAUUGGGAAAAAUUGCUGGCUGGAAAUAUAACUCAUUCUUUUAUUCAUUCAAUAUAUAUUUUUUUACUUUUAAAUAUUUUUAUUAUGAUAAAAAUAUAUAAAAUGUAUGUAAUACAGCAGUUAUCAUUUUGACCCUUUUUGAAUGUACAAUUCAGUGGUAUUAAGUAUAUUUAUAAUAUUUAAAUAUAUAUGUACAUAGCCAGCACCAUUGUCCAUCUCCAGAACUAUUUUAUCACCACAAACAGAAACUCUUUAACAGUAACUUUCCAUUACUCCCUCUCCCAGCCCCCAGUAACCAUGACUCUCCUUUCUUUCUCUGUGAACUUGCUUAUUCUAGGUACGUUGAAUAAGUGGACUCAUACAAUAUUUGGUUUUUACUUCAUAAUGUUUUCAAGGUUCAACCACCUUCAGGUAUCAGUGUUUCAUUCCUUUUUAAGGCUGAAUAAUAUAUUGUAUGUAUACACCACAUUGUGUUUAUCUAUUCAGAUCUACUUUGAAAGAUUCUUUUGUCAGUGGUGUGGAGGACAGAUGGAAAAAGGAAGAGAGCACAGGGAGGGACACUAGGUCAAUAAAUAUUUAUGAGACUGAUAUAGAGUAACUAACAUUUUAUUUUUCCAAGUGGAAGCAUUAAAGAAAUAAACUAUCAUUCACCAUCACCAUCAUUUUACUAUCAAAAAAUAGGAAGGGCAUAUUCUCAGAAUGCAGGACAGUUUUUUAUAAUUAAAUGAAUUUACAAUGCUGAAAAACUCUUCUAACAAAGUUUUUCUUAUUUUGCUGUGAUCCAUUGAAAACAUCACUAUGUGUCAGCUUGAUCUGUGGACUGGCAUUUGAAAAAUAGGCAGAGAAAGAAAGGUCAGCAAAGGAGACUAUGAGGUUCAAUUCUCAGCAAACACACACACACACACACACACACACAUCCAGAGAUAGGAGGAAAACCAGGAGGGAGUGAUAAUAGAAGCCAGAAGAGGAAGAAAAAGCUUCAGAAGUAACCUCUUGGCCAACAGUGUCUUUUGUCACCCAGAGUUCAAAGAGGUCGUUGAAUUUGGCAAUUAGAAUGUCAUUGGUGACCUUUGGCAUUGCCCUUUUGCUGGGAUGAUGGGACUGGGGCCAGCUUACAUUUGGUUGAAGUGUGAAUAGGGAGCUGGAGUAAGUGUAGACUCUUAACAAACUUGAAGUGAAGGGAAGAAAAGAGAGAGGGAAGGAGGAAGUGAGAGAGUGAAAAAGAGAUUGAGAGAGAGAGAGAAUUUAGGAGAGCAAGCGAAUACAUGUAGGGAGGGAGGGUGCUCCAUUUUGGUUGAACAGAUAGGCAUUUUGUGUUCAAAAAGAAAUAAGCUGGUAGAGGGAAGCUGAACUUUCCUGAAGAGAUGGAACAUAACAUCUGAAGGAAGGACCUGAGAAAGAGGGUGGAUGAGGCCAAGGCGAAGGGAUUAGAGUUUAACAAAAGGGGCACCUUGUCCCCUGAGAAGGGAGGGCUGGAGGGGAAGGAAGUUGGAAAGGCAGGCCAGUAUUUGGGGGGUGGAGCAGGGCGCUGAGGUAAUUCACGCUUGAAGGCCUUUGUUUUCUCAGGGAAGUAGAGGAGAGGCUGUUCUGAGCAGGGAGAGGGGUGGAGCAUUAACAUGGUAGGGAGCUGAAGGAAGUUUGGAAUGUGGUCCAGGGAAAUAUAGAAGCUGGAGCUAGGGCUUUGACUAAGGAAUAUGCUCCAGGUUGGCUGAGGGGCCCUGGCUUGGCAGAGGCUGAUUGAGUUUGUCUUCUCCCAGCAGUUUUUGUCUCUCUCUAGGCAGCGAACACUUAGAAGCAGAGGCCCUAGUACCUUCCACUUCCUAGCCCAUCUACUUGCUAAGCAAUGUCCAGUGAAGUGUCUGGCCCAGAGGAGAAACCCAAUCCUCUCAGAAAGGUCUAGCAAAGCAAUCAUCGACAAAACUUAAAAGCACUAUAGGGUUGUUAGAGAGGAAAACAAGGGAAAAAUUUAAAUGCCCUGAUAGGAAGUUCUCCAUUUUGGUUGAUCCAGAUGUCUUCUGUUACCCUGUUGCCAACUUUAAUCUGCUUCUGUGCAAAAUGUAAAACCAAACUGCUACACUCCUAGUUUUUACCCAGCAACAGGUCUUUAAUCCUACAGGCUGAGGAGAGGCCAGCAAGAGGGGCCAAAUGCCUUAACUUCUCACAGUGAGUGAAGCUAAGGUACUUCUUAGAUGGCAGCAAGAUAGAGCAGUUGUGGAGGGAGAGUAAAGAGCCAGGAAAAUGGACAAAAGCUCCUUGGGCUCUAAGAGAGGACACUGAGAGCUGGGUGUAAGGCGGUCCCUGAAUUCUGCCACUCUGGAGGAUGAAGGGAGUGGCUGAAAGAACAGAAGUUCAAACUGGGAGGUGGUAUGUUGAUAUCUAGUUGAGCAUGAGCCCAAAGCUCAGGAGAAAUAGCUGGGUCUCCCCCUCUUCCUUCCCUUCUCCUUAUUGUCAGAGGCCACCUAGAGGUCAAAAAAAUUCCAGCAUAUGGUACUAUGUCUUGGGCUUCUUUCUCCUUCCCAUACUGGCUUUGCACUCAGUGUCUUCAACUUCAAUCCUCCCAGACUCAGUCCUCAUUACAGACAGUGACUAGAGUACAAGCAAAUUCCCAACUCCUGGUGGUCAAUCCAGCAAGAGUGUUCAGAGAUGGCUAGAAGCUCAGCCUCCCACCAGAAUAUGUUUUCAGGAUCCAGAAUCCAGUCUGCGCUUAGAAAAUUCAGAAACAGGGAGCUCUCCAUAGCCCACAGCUGUGCAUUCUACUGGGCGCAUUUUAUCUCAUAUAACAAACCUCUGUUUAUUGAGAGCUGGUACAGUGCCAACCUCUCCUAGGUUAGAUAGUGGCCAAACUGUUACAAAGUUUCCCUUUGAUUGAGCCAAAAUGUGUCUCCCUAAAGCUUGUACCCUUGGGCCUCAGCCUUGUCUUUUGAAGUCACAGGGAGCAAGUAUUUUCCAUUCCGUCCUAAUCCUCAGAUUUGAAAAUGAUUAUUAUUUCUCCAAGAGUUUUCUUUCCACCUCACAUAAACAUUUCUUUCUUUGUCUUUUGAACUUUAUUUGUCUUUACUUUUUAUUACCCAAGUAACAUCAGUUCAGUUGUGGAACAUUUUUCCAAAUUCAGAAAAGCAUAAAGAAGGAAGUAAAAUAUCCACCCUACUCUUCCUCUCAGCAUCAACAAUUUUAACAUUCUUCUAAGCCAGUGUUUUCUUUUGCAUACUGUACAUUAUGCACUGUUUUCUUACCUAAAUAGUAUCAUCCUCUAAGUAAUAUUUUAGAAGCAUAUGUUUUUCCUUCUUGAAUAUAUUAACUUUUCCCUCAUUCUUCUACAAGACUAAUCUUAAUGUGAAAUAGUUUAACUGCACCAAGGAUAUAUUUAACCAGCUUUUUCAAGUGAACUAUUUAAGUUGUUUUCAAUUUUUCUUUGCUACAAAGAACACAGUGAGACUAGGAUUUGAAGUAUGGUGGAGGUGGGGAGUAGGUAACCAGGGAAAAGAG